AUGGCGACGGUGAACCUCUUAGGGGAUAAUAUGAACACGCAGCUGUUUACUCUUACUCCUGGCCACUUGAUGGGCUCGGCCGUCGAUCAUGAGACAAGAGAGAAUGGAAAUGAAUGCCUGCCGCUGCUACCCAAUGCGACGAGUGGCACCGAGUCUAUGGCUACGCCCUCCACUCGCGCUUUCAUCGAUCCUCGAUAUCGCGCGGUCCUUCCUUGGUCGUAUUCGAGACCUUUGGCAGUAUCUCUGCUCGCGCAUCUCCCACCUCGACCAGUUACUGAUUAUUUGGUUAGUGUCUAUUUCAAUAUUGUCCAUUGGUUCAUGGCUAUUCUGCACGAAGGUCACUUUCUGCAUCACUACAGAACCAUGCUUGACGUCUACGCACAAGGCCGUACGCUCAUUGACAACACUGACGACGACUUUACGUUUGCGGCGCUGGCCCUGACGGUGGUCGCUCUCGGUGGUCGCUAUACAUCAAUGCAUGCAGCGCGCAUGCGUCGUUGCAGGCACACUUAUGUGGACUUUUGUCGUGAGUCAAACCGGUAUGAGCCAACAUCAUUUGUCCCCCACGAUUGGAAUAUAGUGAAAUCGACCUCUCAGCUCUUCUCAGUGGUUCGGAGCAAUGCCACCGACAUCCUCGCAUGUGGAACUCUCGCCACGGUCCAAACGCUCCUGUUGCUUGGCAGUUUAUACCUCUUCCAUGGCGAUACCAAUCUCACUUGGUCAAAUUCAGGGUGCACCGUACGGGCAGCACACGCUGUGUUAUUACACAAGGAGAACUCAGAGCUACAUUGGACUUCGCGAUACUACCAGCGCAUGGAACGUGACGAAAGACGUCAAGCUCCGAUGGCGCCUCUUCUGGGCGGUACACACGUCUGA